GAGAACGGACCGCUGCUGAUGCCGAACGAGUUUUUCAUAACUGAUCUUUUACAGUCUCCUUCGCAGGAACCUCAUCCAGGGUAUUACUACUCUUCUCCCCGUGGGGUGGACUCGGUUGUGCCGUUUGCGACUUCGUACUUCCCCGGCUCGACGUCCUCCACCGGCCCUUUCCUAACUGGACAGACAAUUGUCUCGGGGGCCUCUCAUAUGUGAGUUAUACUCGAAUAUGCAGUCAUUCAAGAUGCAUUUUUCUAUCUCCGUCCCUUCAUGGAGAUCCAAUCAGUAUUUUACUCGGCAUAUCAUUGUGUAGUUAGAUGUUUCUUCACUACGAAAACUGAUACGAGACAAGGUGCGCCCGAAUAUAUUCGUAGAUGCACUGAGUGUUGUCGAACCCUUACACAAGCAGAAUAUAACUUGGAACCGGUAAACAGAGAUCUUUUCAGGAUGUAAUCCAGUGGUUGAAGUCGUAGUUGAUUCUCCGGAGACCGAAACACACACUGUCGCAGAACUUUCCGGCGACGGCCUCUCGCCUUUCCACUUCUGUGUCAACAGGAGCUGCGGGCCUCAGCGAGACCCGCCCAUGUACCCUUUCCUCUGUCUUCACAUCUUUACGUCUCCUUCCAUGCGUUUUUCAAACCUCGCAGGGACCGCCUCAGAUCCGGUCCCCCUACCCCCCUUCCCCCGGUGCGUGUCCGGUUCCGUCUUUUGUCCUUUUCUUUGCACUUUUCCCCCUGGUUUGGAAGUGAUUCCAAUUGUGCAUGGGUCCGGCAUACGCGACCCGUCAAGAUGUGGAUCCCUCGUCGUUGAGCGGUGUCUCCCUGACUGUUUUUGUACAGUGCCGGUGAGCGAGCGGAAGACCGAGGCCGGCAAGGCCCGAGGGCCGACGAGGCUGCGUCUUUCUGGGGAGGGAAACACACGUCGCGAAUGGAUGCACGAGCGCAGUCAGGGGAUCAGUUGCGCUACCGGGGCGGCGGUCGCGGAAUCGCCGGGUCGCCCGUUGCUUCUUUCUACUCAUCCCCGGCUCUGCAGACGGCACGUCGGGGGCCUGAGGCCCACCGGCCUGCGGGACAGAAGCGCCGAGGCUCCCUGCGGGUCCCGCGGUUCUCUUUCUGGCCCGCGCAGGGGUCGGGUCCUGUGGCCCGCGAGGGUGAAAGCAGCUUGGCCCUGGCGAUGGCUCGUGUGGGGUCGGGACCUCGGAUGGGGGAGGGCGAAAAGCGCGCGUCGUGCCAGCACUCGGGCCCCUCGAGCCCGCGGGACCUUGGCUUGGGAGAGAAGGAGGUGCCUUCGCCCACGGUCUCCAUCACGGAGACUUGCGGCGGGGCCUUCGCGUCGACGCCGCUCUCCGCGCGGCCCUCGCAGUCGUCUGAUGUACCCAUAAACGGGAAGCAGGCGACUUGCUUGUUCGCCCGAGACAAAAAGUCGGGGGCGCUCGGACUCGCCUUCGACCUCAAGACAGGCUUCCCGCAGGGGAGCACCGGCGUGCUCCUCUGCCACACCAAAAACGGGGACAAAUUCUGGGACCGCAUGGACGGCCAGCCCGUCAAACUUGUCUCCAACGCAGGCGGCGAACCCCAUGUGCUGCACUGGAACUCGUGGCUCCAGAGACAGCGCCAACGUGGAUGGUUCACGAGCGAGGCUCUCUGCUUCAUGACGACGCUCGGCGCGAUCAUGGGCGCUGGGACCUUCACUUCCUUCUGGAGUCAACUGCAAAUCUGGAGAACCCUCUGGUUCAUCGUCCCCUACACUGUCGACUUCAUCACCGUCGGAAUCCCCGCUCUUCAAACCGAGCUUCUCUUGGGAAAUCUGUUCAGGGGGACGACCGUCAAGUGCUUCACUCAGAUCAGUCCAUACAUGAUUGGCGCGGCCAUCUUCGCGCUCCUCAGCACCCUGUUGCAGGUGAUCGUCAAAGCUUCACAAGGCUGUCAACUCCUCGUGUACUUCCUCGCGAGCUGGGACACCCCGCAUCCCUGGCAGUUAACUGAAGACGAUCGACAACUCUGCAGAUCUAUCUCUGACGGUGAAACUUGUGAAGGCGCCGGCAAAGGGACGCUUUGCCACUGGCGCGGGUCGCCUCUCCUCGAGUGUCUCGCAUCCCCCACAGGCAAGGCUACCUACUUUUACCUUUCGCGCCUCGUCCCGGAAGUCCUCGACCCCACCGUCUCGCCGAAUGUUCUUCAAGCCAACCAUGUGGCUUCGAUGGGCGUCGUCUGGUCCUUCGUUCUGGCCUACGUUUGGAGGGGACUCUUUAAAAUCGGAUUCACGUCGGCGCUGCUGGUGUUCCUGGCGAUCGUGCUCUGCAUCGCGCUCACCGUCAUGUCGUUCACGACGAACGACGGACAUGGACUGGGAGACACGGAACCAGACGGCGUUAUCCGAGAGACGCUCGAAAAUCUCAGCCACACGCUUGCGGAUGUCUGGAGCCUCAGAGCGCAGACACUCGGCUACGUUCUCCGCGAUCUCGCUCUCGGCUGCGGCGUUUACGAGACCGUCAGCAGCUUCUCCAAGAUUGGAUCGAACAUGAUAUCUAGCGGCAACCAUGUCGGGAUGGUAGACUUCGUGAGCUGCCUAGUCGCGUUCAUUUCCCUCCUGUCGGUCGUGAGCAGCAUGCAGGACACAACUGGGGUCCCGACGUACGACUUGGUGAACAAAACGCGCAGUGCUCCUGCGUAUUUCGUUAUCCUCCCUGCCGUUUUUGACAAAGUUGCCGCCUCGAAUGUUUUUUCCCUGUUCUUUUACGGCGGAAUUUUCAUUCUGAACAUCCAGGUGACAGCGAUCGCUCUGCAUUCGUUAAUCAACGCCUUUGCGGAAUCGCGUUUCGCUCGGUAUCGAUGGCGACAGCGGUGUUGCGUAUCCCUCAUCUUUUUCUGCUUCUUCCUCUCCCUAAUUUUCUGCAGCGCAAAUCAACAAAAGCGUUUCGAGUUCUUCAACUUUAUGUCUUCUUUCAUUAUGGCUCCGGGCGUAGUCAUGUUGGAGGCAAUCGGUGUCGGCUGGGUGAACAAUGCUUCGUACCAAGAAAGGAUCGCCGGCAAGUUGGCUGUUCGAGUGUACGCUGGAUGCUGCCUCGGCGUCACGAUUUUCGGAUGCAUCACUUCGGUCUUCGCGGGAAUGAGCAUCUACUUUCCUCGUCUGUGUCUCAUCUUCAUGAACGCCGGCUUGGCUGCUCUUGUCGCCUUCUUCGUGCGCGAGCCCGGGACUUCUGACGUUUUCAAGGAUCGCUUUUACGCUCUGUUUCUCGCCAAUAUCGAAGUCUUCAAAGAUCAAAUUUUGCGCGUGACGCUCUUCAACCCGCCGCCGGUUCCAGCACUCGCCUGGCUCUCGUCUCUCUUCCGGAUGGUCUUCGGUUGCUUCUUCAGCCGUGUGAAGCCGCUCUGGAUCUCUCGGAUUUCCAAGUUUUGGUGCAUCAUGGUGAAGCACAUGGUCCCGUCCUCGAUGAUGUUCCUCAUGUUCAGGGGCUUCUCAGAAUUCCCAGCGUACUGGGCUUCACUAGAGGCGUCCCCCUUCAUCCGCGGCAUCGGCUUGGCCUACGUAAUCUUCGCGUUUAUGAUGUUGUUUGCCUCUCCCUUUCUUCCAAAGGUUCGGACGUGGUUGUCACCCCCUAGCGAGGACUACAUGCCUCCGUACAUGUUUCCAUUGCAUCCGUACCGGCCGCCUCCGGCGCCGAAUAUGUUUCGAACAUGCGCGAAGAUGUUUGCAGAGUUUUCUGCUUCUUCUCGCCACUCGUCUCGCUUCCUGUACAGCCUUCUCGUGGAUUACAAGCGACAGCACCUCCUCUCGAGACGGGGGAGCACGGCCCGAGUCGUUGACCACGAAAACGAAGCCCCUGUCUCGAGCUUGCGUCGCCAACUUCUCUUCAAAAGAACGGACAAGUCUGCCAUAACAGGCGACAUGUCCGCGCGACAAAGUCUGUCCGGAAGUGGAGGCCCCGAAUCAGAAGGGUAGGUUGGUUUGCCGAGGAAAACAUCUCUGGAACUGCGGACGGAGCUCCCCGGAGGAAGAACAGGAUCGUGAAGGUCUAAAAAGAUCAGCAAAACCCAGAGGAGGUCCUGACGAAGACUUCAGGAAGCUCUCAAGUCUCCGGAGGACCUUAGAAAAGUCCUGAAACACCUAGGACUGUUCCAAGGGUCAUAGGAAGACCUAGGGAGCCCUGACGGGUCUUGAAGACCUAGGAAGGAUUAACACGAUCUAUGGAGUGUCACGAAAAGAUGAGAAGAGUCUCCCGUUGUCGAGCUCAAGAUCGGAAGCUUUUUAGUCCUUCUCGUACAUCUCUCAAAGAAGAACGAGAAAUGACUCUGAAGAUUCAGGAAGGGUCAUGAAAAGACGUAGGAAAGGAAAAAGAGGUUUACAGGGGAGAAUCGGUUUCCAGGCCGGACAGAUGUAGCGCGAACGGGAAGCGACAGGCAGAGUACCACGCGAGAAGGGUGGUGUUCGACGUAGAGAGACAGAGAGGUUGCACAGAGAGGAGGCGGCCCCAGAGGGAAGAAAGUGGAGGACGAUCAGAAAGUUGCGUGCACCACGAAGUCGCAGGCAGAAGCAGGAUGGUCACGAACGUACAUAGUGGUCGAUGAGAAUGUCCAAGAGAGUGAAGGUGAAGAAGGACGUGGAAGUGGACGGAGAGGCCUGGAUAGAGAGAACAGGGAGGUCGAACAAUGUGGAUGGAUGCAUCGGAGAGAGAGUGUUAGAAAAUGCGAAAGCGGGACAGCUGUCCAGUUCGUGGGGGAGAACGUAGCGCAGCUCCCGUUUCACCUCUGUCCGUCUUGUGUGGACAGGUGCACGCGAAUGCCAGGGUGCACAGAAUUUUUGUUUGCGCAUUUCUAGCAGUAUAUAUAGGUGUCUUCUUGUCAAGCAUUUGUCACGUUUUCCGCUCCGCUCUCGGUUCGGCAAUGUUUUUUCGCAAAUCAGACACACCAAAGAACGCGGCGCUUCGCAGUGUGUUGGCGGAAACCGAUGCGCGACCGAAAUUCCAG